AGGAAAAAAGGUAACAGGUUGCAGUUCCAGCACCAGCGUCAUAAACUUGUUGCUGCGGUCGUUUGCCAAGGAGCUGGUUUUCCGCCCACCUUUUGUGUGGACUUUGAUGGAUGUCUGGGAAAAUAUUUGACGGUAUCUUCGGUGACAAGACGAGACGGAGAAGAAAAGCUGAGGAGAUACUUUAAAGGAGAAGAGUAUGAGCACACGGUCUUCCGGCCGAGGGACCCCGGUGGACUAUGGAGUCCAGUUCCACUUCAACGAUCGCUAUGACUCUGGAGGAGGGCAGCCAUUGCCCCAGCCUAAGCUCAAACCUCAGACCACCUCCAAGUAUGGCGUAGCAGUCAGGGUGCAGGGGAUUGCUGGGCAGCCGUAUGUGGUCCUGAAGGAUGGACAGAGGGGAGACUCGUAUGGGGUCCAGCUCAAGACCCAAGGCUACUCCUCUAACUACAGCAGCCUUCCUCGGAGGACAGAGAAGGCCGAGGUUGGAGCAGAGGGGGCAGAUGUUGGAGGAGUGGGAGGCCAGCUAGGGGCGCUCCGCCGGGCUCAAUCUCAUGGCUCACUGCUAGACAGAGAUGAAGGUGUCAGCAGUAAUGAUUUUCAGCUUUCUAGACCCCCUGGGGAUGGAAAGUCUGGUAGUUAUGGGAAUCUUGAUGGAGGGAUUGGAGUAAGGAGAGAAAGAGAUGUGGUCAGCAGUAGAGAAAGGGUUGCAGAAAGCAGUAUGCGCGAUAGUUCUCACCAGGCAGUGUCUAACAGGUCUUUGGAAUCAGUCAGGAACAACCAUUCUUACCCUGACCCUCGCCAACAAGCAAACGAGGCUCCCCCCUAUCAGAGACAGACUCCUGUCAACAGACUGAUUAACAGGUUUGAUGGUGUAACACCUGGAAGUCAGCAGAGAGAACUCCUACAUGCGCAACAGCAUCCCAGAGCUACGUCUCCACUCCUCCACCCCAAACCUUACAACUCGCCUCCACCCUCAGCUCACAGCAGCUUGGGACAUGGCCAGAUUCCGGGCUCCAAAGUCCCUGGGCUUUCAGCCAAUCAGUGGGGCUUAGAGGAGCCACGACGUGUGGAUCCGUCCGAUUCACAAGUGACCCCUGACCUUUUGCUGGACCAGGUUGAGUGUGCUGAGAUGAGCUUUGAGGAGGAGCAGGUCAUGAAGACUGUGUACAACAUCCUGAGACAGGGUUCUUCUGAGAGUGAUGCCAUCAUCAGGACCAAAGUCAAAAGCAUUUUUCAGAAGUUUCAGAGCAUAAUGCCUAAAGAAAACCCUUGGGAGGAGUGGAUAGGAGAAAAAAGGGAGCUGGAGACCAAGGUGGCUCAACUGCAGAUUGCCCUGCGUGAAGAACGGAGGGACUCCGCUAGCAGUUCUGAUCCCGCUCUGAAAGCUGAGCUCGAGUCCUGUCUGGAUGACAAUCUGCAGCUCCAGGAGAUGCUGGACCGGAAAAAGAAGGAAUUAAACGAAACACAAUCAGAGCUGACUCAGCUGCGUAUGGAUAGGGAGAAUGCAGAAACCCGGCUCAGAGAGAUGGAGGACCACCUGGCGGAGCUUCAAGAUGAGCUUCGAAGAGAAAACGGCAGCAAGACGGACCUGAUGUCUAGUCAAGCACAGCUGAUGGAGGUCCUCCAGUUGAAACAGAAGCUGGAGGAAACACUCAGACAAAGAGAGAGGGAGCUCACAGCUUUGAAAGGUGCUCUGAAGGAAGAGGUGGCAACACACGACCGAGAGAUCGAAGCGCUGCGAGAGCAGUACAGCGCUGACAUGGAGAAGCUCCGCAGCAGCAUGGAGCAGGUGUCUCAGUCUCACGCAGGAAUUGAAGCAGAGCGGCUGCGCGUGAACACGUCGGUUCGCACUUUACAGCAGCAGCUGGAGGACUGCAGAGACGAGAGCACCCACUGGAUGGAGCAGUUUCACACCGCCAGAGAUGAGCUUCGAAGCACCAAACAAGAAAAGCCAACCAGCAACUCUGAAACACAGCUCCUGCAAAUCCGUCUGGAGAAGGAGGAAUCUGAAGAUGAGCUAAAGGAGCUUAAGGAGAAAAUGAGCACAGUGAAGCAGCAGGCAGCAGACUCCAGCCAGUCAGAGGCCCUCAACCAGGAGCUCCAGCGGUGCAGAGCUGAUAUGCAGAAGGUGAGGCUAGAGCUGGAGAAGCAGAGGACUGAGUAUGACAAGAAGGUCAUGGAAAUGAUUUCCCUGAAAAAGUCUCACCAAAACCAGGAGGCUGAGCAAAAGUAUGAGAUCGACAGGCUGAAGGACCAGUUACAGAGGGCCAAAGAUGACUAUGCAAAGGCACAUGAGAAAAAUAAACAGCUCCCCAGCCCAGCAACCAUCUCAGAACUACAGCAAAAGCUCAGUGAGGCACAAAGAGAAGCUAGCCAGCUUAAAGGGAAACUCUCUGUAACUGAAGAGGAGAUGGAAACCGCUAAAACAGGCCUCAGUAAGGCUCAGAUGGACGUUAACGCUCUCCAAGAUGCUCAGAGGGAUCAGGAGUCGUCUAACACCCGCCUCAAGGAGAAACUCUCCCGUUUAGAGACGCAGCUGCAGAGCAACGCUACAGAAAGCUCAGAGGCAGAGCUUGCCCUGCAAACCGAAGUAAGAAGCCUCCGAUCUGAGCUGGAUGAGGCCAAGAGGAAAGCUUCCAGACUCAGCCAGGAGCACCGUGAACUCGGCCUACGUCUGGAAAGCACAGAGAGGGACAGAGAAACGCUCAAGCAGACCAUCAGCCAACUGGAGGACACCAAACAGCAGCUGGAGAAAGCCAAGGAGAAACUUAACAAAGAAUACGAGUCUCUGAACGUGACCUCAAAAGAGGAGAUCCAGGAUCUCAAGGUUCAGCUAGAGGAGCAGAGAGAGAGAACACGAAAGGAGGUGCAGGAGGCCCUACGUCAUGGAAAUGACUCAAAAUCUGAGCUGGAAGGAAACCAACUAAAUUUAAGGCGACUGGAGGAAGAAAUGUUGCGACAGAAGAAAGAGUUUCAGCUUGCAUGUGAGGAGAGAGACAACCACCAGCUGGAUAAGGAGCUUCUCACCAACAGACUGCGCCACCUAGAGGGAGAGGUAGAGGCCAGCAAAAACAGCCUCAAUGAGAAAACACGUGAAAUUCGCAUCCUGGAGGACAAGCUGAAGCGUAUGGAGUUGGAGCUGGAGGAGGAGAAAAGCUCUGUGGAGAUGCUAACGGACCGAGUGUCCAGAAGCAGAGACCAGAUCGAUCAGCUCCGCUCUGAGCUCAUGCAGGAGAGAUCCUCAAAACAGGACCUGGAGCUGGAUAAGAACGCCAUGGAGAGACACCUUAAAGAACUGAGGAACCGUGUGGCUGAGAUGGAGGGUCAGUCUCGUUCCUCAGUAGGAGUUUCUCAGCUGGAGAACAAGAUUCUGGAACUGGAGGACCGCCUGCGAACCGAGGAAAGAGAGAAGAACUCCAUGUUGUCGUCACAACGUCGACUGGAGAGGAAACUGAAAGAGCUCAACAUGAUGCUGGAUGAGGAGAGACAGACGCACACUGAACAGAGAGAUCAGCUUGUCCUGAGGGUGAAGGCCCUGAAGAGGCAGGUGGACGAGGGAGAGACUGAGCUGGAGAGGAUUGAAACUCUGAGGAGGAAAGCCCAGAGAGACAUGGAGGAGCAAAUGGAGCUCAAAGAUACACUGCAGGCCAGAGUCACCGCUUUGGAAACGGACCUCAAGAGGAAAACUCAAGCCUCAAUGCGGCCAGCUUUGGAUUCAUCAGCCCUCAGCUCAGACGAUGACGACGACAGCCUGUACGACCCCUCCACUAUCACCUCAUUCCUCACUGAGAGCAACCUCCAGACCAGCUCCUGCUAAGGAUUAACUUCGGAGGCAGAACAGAACGAGAAGUGGACUGGAGAACAAUAAAUGGACGGGAGGUGUGUGUGGACUGGAGGAAAAGCUAGUGGAGUGCAUGGUACAAACUGCAAACAAUGGGGGGGGGCGUGGUGAGGACCUUAACGACACAUUGUAGAGCUAAAGGUUGGGAGUAAUUUUUCCACACCAGCAUGAAUGUAAGGAAACAAAACAUCCCCACCAUUUAAAAGAAAUUCCCUCAGCCCGCCUCCAUCUCAUGCACACAAUACAUGACCCUAACAUAAGGUACUGCUGACGGUACUCCAGCAUAUGCAUCUUGGUCCACAACAAAACACAAGCACGCAUUAGUACUCUUUUUGGAUUUUAUAUGUAGAAUGAGUCCGACCAUUUCAGGGCUGCUUCACUUCUGAAGCAUGUUUCACUUUGAAUUCGCUCAGCUCUCUUUUUACUACCACUUAAGUUUCUCUAAAACAGUUUCCAUUUCAGAGGUCAUCAGGUGAAACCUGGCUUAAAUGACAUAGUCAUUAUCACAGCAGCAGUGGCUCAAAGAGCCUUUAUAGUUUCUCUCUGAAGAAGAGACAAGCCAUCGUCCAGGUAGAACCAUGUAGAAGUUGUGCCUCAUAACCUUCAUAACAGUUUGAAAAGCUUUCUGCAGCUGCAGGGAUCAUCAUCGGUGACUUGGCAUGAGCCGCUAUAAGAUUCCUGUCUUUACUCUGCUUACUGUUUAAAUAAAUACAACAGAUUUGUAGUAUUUAUUUAAACAGAACAGCAUAAUAUGAUAAAACUGUAAAGGAGAAAUUAUUCAUACUAAUGCUAAAUAACAUAAUGUAUUAUUAGUUUAUUUUGAUUAAAAAGGCUUCAGCAAGAAUAUGAAAUAAAGACCCCUUAAAUUGUUAGUUUUCAUGUGGUUAUUAUACAGGUUAUUACAGGGUUCCUACACAGCUUAAAAAAGACUGGAAUUUGCUUUUAUUUUCCAGUAUGGAAACAAUAACAUUGAGUAUAGAAAAAAGUUUGGUUCUGUAGAUUUUUCUAUUAUCUGAAGAACAAAAAUCUAAUGAAGCUUAAUACAUAUUGGAUAUUUUACAUUGAUUCAUAUUUUAUUAGAUGCUCUAUCUUUGAUUUUUCACAUCACAAUUUGGCUUUACAAUUUUGUCUUUUGAUUUACUGAUUGAAUCCCUUGAGAAAUCAACAGAGGGCCACUUCACUACUUUUUAUGGACAACUUUAAAAUCUAGUUAAGCUCAACCUGUAGUUCUUAAACUGGGUGGGUCUUGUUAUAAUACCAAACAAAGCAAUAAAACCUCGAUUUUUCUGCUUGUAAAAACAUUAUAAGCAGAAAAAAGGGGUCAAAGAUCACCAACACAGCUUCAAAUAAUCUGCAUUUAGUCUAACAUAUGCCACUCCUUAUUCACAAGCAGAUGUAUCUUAGUAAAAAUGUCAAAAUAAAAAACUGAGUUUGCGCUGGACCACUCUAUUAUAAUUUGAUGUAACUGUUUUGUUUCAUGAUUUUAUUCUGAAAUACGUCAUAAAACUCAGAAUUGGAGCCUGGAAAAUUAAAAGCUUUAGGAACCCUGUUCUUAUUUUGCUGUUCUGCUCUUUAUACAGGAACACUAUAACAUUCUGAUAUGAGCUAGCUUAUUAGUCAGCUGCUUUAUAGACAUGGCACUUAGCAAUAUGUAGUUUUGAGAUAGCGUCACCAUAACCCUCCUUUGUUUCACAUUCCACGGCUCUCUCUGCAGAAAUAUUUCCUAACAGCCAAAUAUGUAUUUCUUGUAAGCGACAGAAAAGUAUAGGAGCCUUCCUUCAGCCAGCUGACCAGCUGUGCGCAGCAACGAGAGGGGCAGUGCUGCAUUACUAUGCCAACUCAAAAAAGGGCUUUAAACUGUAGGAACGGCAUGACGGGAAAUAUUAAAACCUCCAAUUGCCUUUUCAUGACUGAACAAUUUUCUUUUUUAAGGUUUUCUCAGCUUAUUUCAGGGCAGCUUACUUAUCAUUCCGAACAAGGUGGUGCCAGCUGAAAUGUUGAAAGAAUUUCGACCCAAACAGCUAGCAUUAUUCAGCCACUUUGAACAGAACCGUCAGCAAUACUCGCAUCAUUACCUAAUAUGGGCAGUUGAACAGCAUCACAGCUAUUGCAUGAUUUAAUACUGAACACCAGCACAGAAAACUGUCACGCGAGGCGGCAGCAGAUUAUGUGCUUAUUAACCUAAUCAAACAUAAUAAAUUCAUAAAAUCACAUUUGAAUGAGGUGCUGCAGUUUGUUCACUGAAACAUGUCACAUAUUGUUUGUACAUAUAUUUUACAAUUUAAAAAAUGCAGUUUAUCUUAAACUAGCUUGGAAUGAGAAUUUGCUCCACCUUCCAGUUUUAAUCUGCUCAUAAGUCCGAAGCGCUGAAAAUACUAACAGGAAGAUUACCCUUCUAGAGUUUUUAAAGAGACAGAAAUACUGUCUCCUGUUAUAUUAUACUGUUGUAUAAUCAUGCAAAUGUGUGAGAAUCAUACUACAGUCGUUGAGGUUGGACUCACCUGGUGUGUCUUCACAGCUCAACGUGCAACAAGUUUAAUGUCCCUGUAGUGAGAACAUUGUUGGAAAUGACUUCAGAGGCCUAAUUAAAGUGUUUUUUCUCUUGCAAUAGAAAAUAAAAGGCCAAAACGUCAUCUGCCAGCUACAAACGUCUGCAUAUUUGUAAAGGUGGCUUAAUAACUAUGCAUUUCUUUGUAUUAAGUCAGUGAAACCUGUAUAUACUGUCAUGCCUUUCAGUUGUGAAAAAUAACUUGUGAUUGCGAAGUUUAUAUAAAUCUGUUUUUUGAAAUUAUUUUGUUUACACUUUAAACAAUUGCAGAUAAAUUAAAUGUAAUGUUUCACUUGCAUUUUCAGUUAAUCUGGAAAAUGGUGCUGAAUGAUUUGUUCAAUGUUGAAGAAUGAAACAAUUCUGGUUUUCACUGUAAUUAACUGGAAUCAUUUUCUGCUUUCUAUUAUCUGUUAAUUUAGCUACAAUAAAUAUUUUAUGUUAAAUAAAA